CACGACAACAAGUGAAAAGAGCAGACACUUACACACGAGUAUGAUUUCGAAAGUCAAAACCUGGAGCCGUUCGCCGCUCAUUCCGGCCAGGGAUCACGGGGCAGCGAUCCUCCCGCCGGCAGAACGACCGGACCCCAUUCCGGAGCUGUGCGAGGAGAAGCAGCCCGUUAUGGGCUGGCUGCUCGGCUGGGAGUACGGCCGGAAGUGGCUGGAGAGGCGCGAGGACAUCCAACGGCACCGGAACUUGGUCAGCAAGUUCGGCCGGAUUCCGCCGGACUUCGGCUGGUGGCUCAACCAGCGCAGGCCGCUCUUCGUGCGCCAGCAGCGGUACCGCACCAAGGCCGGACCGCGUCCCCGGAAGCAGAUCACGGCCUUCGAGGUGGCCAAGCAGAGGCGUGAAGCUCAAACCCGAAAACUUCUGGAGAGUCAGGCCAAAAAUCAAUAAAGCAACAAUGGAUUGUAUUGCAUGGAUUAUUUGACAUAUUUGCUGAGCUAAAAACUUCGACUAAAUUGCUGAGCCAAGCUCGACACUAUCACAAAUAUAAAA